AUGCACUACAAGACGCACAUGCCGGCGCGGUUCUCCGUGGACGACCAGAUGGCCGAGGCGCUGGCGUCGCAGGAGCUCAUGGGGAACCGCCAGCGGAAGAACUUCCUCAAGCUCUUCCGCAAGUACUCCAAGACCAAGAAGACCUCCAUCGACUGGAACUCGGUGAAGCCGCCAACGAGCGGCAUGCUCACGAGCAACACGUCGGUGGAGAGCUGCCCCAACGACAUGAACCUGCGCCACGAGCUGCUCGACAAGCUGGUCAUUCUCAAGCUCAAUGGUGGCUUGGGCACGACGCUGGGCUGCGAGGGCCCGAAGAGCGCCAUUGAAGUGCGCCAGGACCUGUCGUUCCUCGACCUCACUGUGCGCCAAGUGGAGUACCUCAACAGCGUCUACGGCGUGGACGUGCCGCUUGUUCUCAUGAACUCGUUCAACACGCACGAGGAGACUGUGCGCAUCAUUCGCAAGUACCGCAUGCACAACCUGAGCAUCCACACGUUCAACCAGAGUUGUUACCCGUUUAUCGUCAAGGAGACGAUGCUGCCGCUGCCGAACACUAAGUACGACCGCUCGACGCGCGAGAAAUGGUUCCCGCCCGGUCACGGUGACGUCUACAACGCGCUGUUCGAGUCGGGUUUGCUGGAGAACCUCAUCAACCAGGGCAAGGAGUACAUCUUCAUUUCGAAUGUGGACAACCUCGGUGCUACGGUGAACUUGGACAUGCUGUACCACAUGAUCAACGAAGACUCGGAGUUCGUGAUGGAGGUGACUGAGAAGACGCGCGCUGAUGUCCAGGGUGGCACGCUGGUGAGCUACAAGGACAAGCCGCACCUUUUGGAAGCGAGCCAGGUGCCGCCGGAGCACAUGGACGACUUCCGCGCCAUCAACAAGUUCGAGACGUUCAACACGAACAACCUCUGGGUCAACUUACGCGCAAUCCAGAGGCUGGUGGCGCAGGACUUGAUCGACAUUGAACCGCUCGUUACGUUCCGCACCGUGAAGAACCACAAGGUCGUGCAGCUGGAAACCGCAGCGGGUGAAGCGAUCCACCUAUUCAAGAACUUUAUCGGACUGAAGGUGCCGCGCUCGCGCUUCCUGCCGGUGAAGUCGUCGUCGGACCUCUUCCUCGUGCAGUCGAACCUGUACCAGAUCAAGCACGGCAGUCUGAUCAUGAACCCGGCGCGCACCACGCCUACGAUUCCCAUCGUAAAGCUUGGACUAGAGUUUCAGAGCGCCAAGGAGUAUCUAGCGCGUUUCGAGCACGGCAUCCCGAACAUCACGGAGCUUGACCACCUCACGGUCGCUGGCGACGUCAAGUUCGGCUCCAACAUCAUACUGAAGGGGACGGUGAUUCUUGUUGCGAACGAAGGCGCUCAUAUCGACCUUCCCGACGGAACAGUGUUAGAAAACAAGGUGGUCACGGGCAAUCUACGCAUCCUGGACCACUAA